AGGUGACUGUUUCUGGAGGAUUCUCUCGGAGUCGGAGGCAGAGGAGGAGCCGUGAGGCUCUUCCCCAGGUCUUCUUACGUUUGAUCCUCGCCCCUCUCUCUCUUCUCUCUCUCUCUCUCUCUCGCGGUUGCGUCAGGGACUCGUGUCAACUCGGUCCGUGGAGGAGCUUUGGUCCGUCCCUACGUUACCGGCGGCGGAGGAGGCGUUUAUGGUAUCCUGGCGGAAGCGGGGUUCCAAUGGCCGCCGGGGAGGAAAAGAUCGGCGAUUUCUACACGGUGCUGGGGCUCAGGAAGGAGUGCUCGGAGGCGGAGCUGAGGAUCGCGUACAAGAAGCUGGCUAUGAGAUGGCAUCCGGAUAAGUGCUCGGCUUCGGGAAACCAUCGAAGGAUGGAGGAAGCGAAGGAGAAGUUCCAGGAAAUCCAAAAAGCCUACUCUGUUCUCUCGGACUCCAGCAAGAGAUUUCUGUAUGAUGUGGGAAUCUACGAUAACGAGGAUGAUAAUGACGAAAAAGGAAUGGGGGAUUUUAUUGGGGAGAUAGCUCAGAUGAUGAGCCAAACGAAAUCUGGGGAGAAUGGUCAUGAUAGCUUUGAGGAGCUGCAGCGGAUGUUCCUGGAUAUGUUCCAGGACGACCUGGACGCCGGAUUCGGUGAUUCUUCCAUCCACAGUGGCCCCCAAGCUCGGCCAACCGACGGUCUCAAUUGCUCGAUGCCAUCAGGACUGCAGUUUGCUGAUGGAGGGAACAAUGGCAGCAACAAGAGAGGCAACUCGGAGAAGGCAAAGCUGGAUGGGUUGGAAAACAGUUCCACUGGCUUCUGCUUCGGGUUGAAUGAUGCAGGGCAGUCAUCAAAAGGAAAAGGAAGCGCUAAUAGCAAGAGAAGGAAUGGAAGAAAGCAGAAGGUCUCAUCCAAACAUGAUGUCUCAUCCAGUGAUGCUGAGGUCUCAUUUUAGAAGUUCGAGUUUAACCUCAUGUUUCCUUUUCUCUUAUUCUUUGGUGAAUUUGCCCAUGUUUUCAAUCCUCGAUAUGGAAAGGAAAACAUUUUGCCCGGGACCUGUCGGCCAUAUGGUGCAACUCUAGUUUCUCAACAUUGUGGACUCUCUGAUUUAAUUCAUCUUUUAGAUUGGAUAAAUGA